CUGUGCUGCGGAUAUGACUUCUGAGGCACAACUAUAAGCUAGUGUUUUUGUGGUUGCACUAUGUUCUGAGUUCUACUUGGGCAGGAAGUCAGGUAACAAUGAGAGAGAGAGAAACAGAUGCAAAGUGAACAAGAGAAAGGAAUGCAGUGAAGAGAAGCCUAAAAAACAAGUGGAUGACUUAAGACGGGGCUAAAAAGAAUAGUGAGCAAGGUAAAAUGACUCAAGAGAAAAAUUGACCCAAGUUGGCUGGACCUUACAGAAAGAUCAAGUAUAUCAAGAAAGAACGCUGAAGAAAGGAAAAGCAAAUAUAUGAAAGGCACUGUAGGGGAAAUAAUGAUCACAACUUAAUUGGAGUAUUAUACACAGCAUCCUACUUACAGGAUAUUUAUGCAGGUACAAUGGGGUGCGCCUGUAGCUCUGAAUAUGAAGAUGACUGGAUGGAAAAUUUUGAUAUUUGUGAAAACUGCCACCUGCCACGGGAAAAGUCACACACGAUCACACGAUAUGAUGUACAGGAUCCAUUGGUUUCAUAUGUGCCCCAAGCCCCUCCAGGUUCUCCACUUCACGAUAACCAGAUGGUGGCUUUAUAUGACUAUGAACCUGUUCAUACUGGCGACCUUGGCUUUAAAGCUGGAGACAAGUUGCAGAUUUUGGAAUCAAAUGGUGAAUGGUGGAGAGCCAGGUCAUUAUGCACAGGAGAGGAGGGACUGAUACCAUUCAACUUUGUGGCACCCGUAAGCGGAAUCGCCUCAGAAUCCUGGUUCUUCAAGAACCUUGGACGGAAAGAUGCAGAGCGUCAGCUUUUAGCCCCAGGAAAUCAGCAAGGAUCAUUUCUAAUAAGAGAGAGUGAGACCAGCCAAGGUUCCUAUUCCUUAUCUGUGCGGGAUCUUGACCAAGUUCAAGGAGAAGUAGUGAAACAUUACAAGAUUCGGAACAUGGAUAAUGGAGGUUUCUACAUUUCUCCAAGAAUAACUUUCAAAAAUCUUCGGGAACUUGUGCAACAUUAUUCGGUAUCCUUGGAUGGACUGUGUACAUUGCUAAAGGACCCAUGUGAAACUAAACGUCCACAAAAACCUUGGUGGGCUGAUGAAUGGGAAAUCCCUCGCAACAGACUGCAGUUGUCAAAAAAACUAGGAGCAGGCCAGUUUGGAGAGGUGUGGAUGGGGUUUUACAAUGGCCAUACAAAAGUUGCCAUAAAGAACCUUAAACAAGGCACAAUGUCAGCAGAAGCAUUCCUGGCUGAGGCCAAUCUAAUGAAACAACUACAGCAUCCGCGACUGGUCCGAUUACAUGCUGUGGUGACCCAGGAACCUAUUUAUAUUGUGACAGAAUAUAUGGAAAAUGGAAACUUGGUUGAUUAUUUGAAGACAUCACAAGGCCUCAAACUAAAUGUAUAUAAACUCAUAGACAUGUCAGCUCAGGUGGCAGAAGGAAUGUCCUUCCUGGAACGCAAAAAUUACAUCCACCGGGAUCUGCGAGCAGCUAAUAUCCUGGUGUCGGACACUCUGUGCUGCAAAAUAGCAGAUUUUGGCUUAGCUCGUAUAAUAGAGGACAAUGAGUAUACAGCCAGAGAAGGUGCCAAAUUUCCUAUAAAGUGGACAGCUCCAGAAGCAAUAAAUUAUGGGACAUUUACCAUUAAAUCAGAUGUAUGGUCAUUUGGAGUCCUUCUGAGUGAAAUCAUCACGUAUGGGCGCAUUCCAUAUCCUGGUAUGACUAAUCCUGAAGUGAUAGAUUAUCUUGAACGUGGAUAUCGAAUGCCACAGCCUGAAAAUUGCCCAAAGGAACUUUAUGAAUUAAUGCUUCGGUGCUGGAAUGACCAUCCAGAAGAAAGGCCUACCUUUGAAUUUCUUCGUUCUUACCUUGAAGACUUCUUCACAGCUACAGAGGGCCAGUAUCAAGCACAGCCUUAACAAAGCUUCCUUUAACAAGUAGAAACAAGCACUGAAGAAUAUCUAUGAUUUCAAGGACACUCAUAGCAAGAAAGCUUUGACGGAUAUGGCCACUGAUAAAGUGAAUCUGUGCAUUUUAAAUAAUGUUUUAGGCUGGGUUCACACUAUUGUGGGGCAUUAAUGCAUGCCUGUUAACAUGCAUUGCAUUAAGGCAGCUUGCUCAUUUGAAUGUGCUGUGUAAUGCACUAAAAAAGGUACAGUAAUACCUCGAAUUGCGAGUAACGCAGUUAACGUGCGCUUCGCACGAACUAUUAUUUAAAAAAAAUCCUGACUCGGUUUGCAAGUGUUUUCUCACGAAAUGAGAAGGAUUCAAAGCUCUGCGGUGUGCAGUACCGCAUUUGGCGAGAGGUGGGGUACGCCGGUGACACACAUUCAGAGAU